CUUGAUGUCUUUUCUGCUCUUAGCGGUCACAUUCUGUGACACAAUAUGUUGUCGUCGUACCAAAGUCAAUCGCAAGUUGUCGUGUCAUCUGCAGCCCGCUGAUGAGUCUGUAUUGUCUUGAGUCAAGACGAGUGAUGAGCGGAAGCGCGCAGUUCCUGUGCCGGGCAGCAGGGGGAGCUCGCUCUUUGUCUUUCUCCGCUUGGGCUCCGCAGCUCUCGUCAAGACCAAGCCGCUCACAUGCACGAAGACUGGCACAGAGCUCGGAGGUCUGCUCCGCCAAACUGCGUCCGUCCGUGAUGACCGCCAGGCUUCGUCUCGUCUGCCUGUUGCUCUCAGGUGUGCUGGCGUGGCACCGCUGCGGGGUGUCUCUGCGGGUGGAUCUUUCUCCCAGCGGGCCGCUCUUCAAACUGGGCGAGCGGCAACAGCUGGCAUGCUCCGUCGACGACUGCCCCGUCACGCCCGUCAUUUCGUGGACGCCGCUCGACGACCGACCACUCAAUGCCCGUGUCCGGACGCGGGACAACCUGUCACUGCUCACCUUUGAACCCGUGGAUAUGGAGCACGAAGGUCCCCUGCUGUGUAAAGUCACCUGCGGGGAGCAGCACAAACAGGCCAAAACACACAUCAGACUUUACGCCUUCCCGUCAGACCCGGAGAUCCGAGGUCAUGACCCCGUCCGCGCUGGGGAGGAAUCCACGCUGACGUGUCAACUGCGUGACCUUUACCCUGCCGAGAGGCUGACUCUAGAUUGGCUGAGGGGAGGUCAGGUCGUGCGCAGCGUGCCGGGAGAGGCCGGGGCCACCUCCGUCCAAUCGGCUUACACCUUCACGCCUCAGAGGGCGGAGUCUGGCGAGAACCUCACCUGCAGAGCCACCCUUGACCUGCACGACCUGCCCCCCCCGGAACGCACCCGGCAGACUGUCACUCGCCUCCACGUGACAUCGUGCUUCCCUACAGUCGCUCCGGUAGUGACGGUGCUGUCGGACCCCGGCACGGUGUCGUCAGGGUCCGUCCUGAUCCUGAGCUGUUCGGCGUCCGGCAACCCAGCCCCCGUCCUCAUGUGGACCUUCAGGCCCGAGGAUGGCGGGCCGUUGGAGGUCAAAGGUCACAGUGAGACGCUUGUGCUGGCCGCGCAGGCGGGAGAGUUUCGCUGCGAGGCCCGCAACCACGAGGGAAAAGACAGCAAGGCUGUCCGCGUGCGCAUCAACGCUUCACCCAGCAACACCUCCAUGUUUGUGAGUCCGGGUCGGGAGCUUAUGGAGGGCCAGCGUGUCACCUUUACCUGUCGCUCCCAUGGAGCACCGCCCCCCGUCCUGGUGCUGAGUAGGGAGGGGGUGGAGCUUUGGAGGUCUGACUCCACCCCCUGGCUAACUUUUAGCCUGUCCGUGCGGCCCGAUGACGCUGGCCAGUACAGAUGCGACGCCAGCAACCCCUUGGGAACGCAACGCGUCACACAAAAUGUCACGGUGGCGGCUCCUCCCAGGAACACGACGGUGGUGGUCGCGCCAUCGGCGGCAGUGUCAGCGGGCCAGAACGUUACAGUGUCCUGCCAAAGCGCAGGCUUCCCCCCGCCGGACGUUGUCCUCGAGAGAGCAGCCGACGGGACGCAGCGCCGCUCCGCCGACGGCGUCUUCCGAUUGCUCAAUGUGACGGUGCGCGAUUCGGGCCUCUACCGGGUCAACGCCAGCAACCCCUUGGGCCACCAAGUCCGAGUGUUCCGCCUCACCGUGACAGAGCCCGGUGCUAGGACUCUGCCCGCUCUCGCCGCCAUCCUGGUGCCCGUUGCCGCCGCACUGGUCCUGGACCACCUCAGAAGGUCCAAAAAGAAAGGGUCCUACCGGCUGACGUCCUCCACCCCUGCGCCUGAACAGCACCCUUUCAGCGCUUGAACGCCGCAGCCUGCAAAAACCCCCGACCCCACCCACCUGAAGUGGCCCCUCGCCAUUGACCAUGUUUGCCACUGGUGACUUGUUAAAUGAGGUUGCAGAACCGUCGCUCGCUCGACAAUGCUUGCAUUGGAGCUCAUCAACUUGGAAUAAAGAAACGGCCGGCAGUCAAGGCAGCCGGCUCUCCGCCCAA